AUGGUACCAUUUCCAGCUCGACAGAAUCCCUUUUCACCUAUCCUCAAUGAGCACGGGGAGCAUGUACUUUUAGCUAAAUCACAGUACUGUUUACUCACAAUGUCUUAUGACCCUUCAAGAUCGGUAUACGCUGUGUAUUCCGCCACUACGAAUGAAUUGGUCACAAUGACUGAGAACGUUAUCUGGAAGUGUUCUGUUUGGAUUGAUGCCAGAGUUAACGACGAGUACGUCGCAGCGUUAAUUUUUGCAAGUGAUUCCUCGAAAGAAUUGAGGGAUGCAAUCACACAGGUGGUGGAAAAGGCACAAAAACGUGUGAUGGCAGCGCCUGACACGUGGAGUAUUACUUAUAUGGCUUUCCAAGCACAGCGGGAGAUUGUGAAAGGAGUAGACCUUCCAGGCAGCCUCGAGGAGGCAGCCUUCCUGCUUUCACGUAAGCAAUUCGAUGCCACUACAACCAAUACAAGUGUUUUUGAUCUUAAUUCAGGUGCUUAUCAAUCUGCGGAGGAGGUGUCGAAGCUAGGUGCCGCACGCAGCGCUUUACUCAACUGGUACAUUUUGUUUAAUGUCCACAAACGAUUCGGUACGCCAGGUAGUCGUAAGACCCUCAACCCUGUUGAGCAGAUUGUUCGUCGUGUUGUCAAGGCGGUGAAUGUGUUUGUAGUCGAUCUGAAUGUGCGAGUUGGCAAAGGCACAAUUGCAGAGGGCCACACAAUGAUCGCGACUGUUUACUCAGCACAGAAACGAUCACAGACGGUGCACAUGAUUCGCAGCCUUGCCGAAGAAACCUCGAAGUUGACUGCACUCACUACACUGUUCUACGGUGAGGGGAGCUCCUCAAUCACGCUUUUUAUUCCGACUGUUCGAACCCGCCCUUCGCAGUUGGUGGCGUUCGCUCGUACGUGUCGGCCAAAGAGCCCUUUCUUUGUGGCGGAGAUUUCCAGUCUUGCACCGUACCUUGGUGGCCGUUCCGUUUCGAAGGGCCUCACAGAGGGAUCGGACCCACGCAGCACCUGGUGCACCAUCCGUGACAACUGCUUUCCCGAGAAGCACACACGCAAGGAUGAGGAGAAGAUUGACGGGUACCUACAGAGGGGCUUUACGGCUCUUGCCACCAAGCUGUUUUCGGAUCGACUUCAGAAGGUGUCGCCGGCUAUUAUGACGGCGGCCAACAGCAUCCCCAUCCCGGAGGAUGCGCAGAGCGCGCUUAACACCGUGAAAAAGCGCGUCCAGGAGGAGCGGGAAUCCAUGGUGACUAGUGUAGCUAGUUCAACCUUUCUUAACAAAGUCGAUGUGAACGAUGCCGAGGUGGUUUUCAGACUGCAGCAGUGGCGUUCAAAGAUUUACGAAGCCCCGGGUCGAUUGGAGCGAGAGAAAAAGGCUUGUGAGCUUCUGGAGCGGUAUCUUAUCCUUGAUUUGGAAACGACUACGAUUCGGCGCUACAAGCGUGUGGCAAACCCGUUCAUAAAGGAAAAUUAUGUUGUGUUGUCGGGUGCACGUGACUACAAGGGCAACGUGUUCAUGCCUAGUCGCUAUUUUGAUCGCAGCGUGGCGCUACGGUAUGACGAUCCCGUUGUGACGAGCACAAAUCAACUGGUCGAGAAGUCGUCGAAAGACUCGCUUUUCCUACCGCCGCUCAACGAUUACACCGUUAUUGUUGGGCACAACAUCAAAUUCGAUCUUCUGCACAUCUGGCGUGAUGCCGAGCUAAGAAAAUUUUUGAAGCGUGGUGGGAGAAUUUGGGAUACCAUGUACGGGGAGUAUCUCUUAAGUGGUCAAGAGGUAAAGCUCGGGCAGGGCGCGGGUCUGGAGGACAUCGCUAAGAGCUACGGUGGCCAAACUCUUAAGCUUGAUGUUGUUAAACGGGCAUGGGCGGAAGGAAAGGAAACCUACUCGAUCCCUUACUCAAUACUCACGGAGUACCUUAAUGGUGACUUGGAGAAUACCGAGUUGAUUUUUUGCAAGCACCGCGAGCGCGCAUUAGCUCAACGUCAGGCCAUUAUCUGCAAUGCACGCAUGGAAGCGAUACUGUGCACUACUGAAAUGGAGUACAACGGACUCAAAACAAACGUGGAGCUGGCUAUAUCACAGAGCAACGAGCUUGCAACCAAAGUUACGACGUUGCGAAAGGAUCUGGAGAGCUUCAUACCCGGCGAAAUUCCCCUUGAAUGUCGCAAAUUCUUUAACUGGUCAUCCAAUCAACAUCUGAUUGCUUUCUUCUUUGGUGGUAAGCUUAAGCUGUAUACUAAUUCACGCGAAAGCAAGCCUUUACCGGGAGAAGUGUUUGAUCGGCACACCCUCUUUGUGCCGCCAGAGAUGUACACCAAGGAUCUUUUCCCUAAAGGAGUUUUUUUGAGGCCCCCAGUGAACUCCUCUAGCAUCAGUGAGUGUGCCAUCAUAGCAGGGAUGCCGCUGGAAAAGGGAACUCGCAUUUUCAAGGCGUACUUUGACAGCUACAUGAAGCAGUCAAACUUUAGGAAGAGUUCCACUCUUGUGGACUCACUGAAACGCGGGAUGCUUGCCACCCCGCGUGCCACUCCCGAAGGUCAAGGGGAGAUGUCUGCGUUAGCCAACCUCCUCCCACGUCGUCAUAUCUUUUUCUUUGCCAGCUUAUUGCUUAAUGCCGAUAAUACGAUUGAACGUCUUUUCAUUAAAAACCCUAUAACAGGUGAGUCCGAGACGAUCAAAAACACGGCAAAAGGGGAGGCUUUGGAGAAGUUUAUUACGGAACAGGUCAGGAAAUAUACUGAUGUAAUUACGUCGGUGGACGAUGAGGGCUUGGGUGGCAAUAGGGCCUUUACUGAGGCCCAGGUUACUAUCUUUGCCCGGGACGCUAAUUUUACCUUUAUAUCGUACCUGAAAAGUGAUCCAACCCUGGCAAGCUAUAUUGAGAGACGCUCAGAUAGCUCCGUUGAGGAAGUGGACGUAAGUCAGCGCUACGUCAUCCACAUCGCGGAUACUGUACAGGUUCUGGCGUACUACAAGCAUGUCUACGGCGAGGAGACCCCGAUGGCAGCAAGGGCCUCUAAAUCAGGCACUGGCAAAUCGCGCACGGGCGGUGCGAGCGCGAACAUACCGGUUAUUCCGGCAAAAGCUCUUCCACCGCCUUGCCGAACUCGUCAAAGCGCUGCCGAGGCUUUUAGGAGAAAGUUGAUCCAGGAGGUUAACAUGAAGCCUGAGGAGUGGUGUAACUUGUACAUAGACAUUUUUCUUCAAAUAGCGAAUUCUGUGCUUCAGCGGGAAGCCUUGAUCCCUGACAAGGUAAAGUGCAAAGGCUCAAGGUCUGAAGUUAAUAUAAGGGCGGAUGAGGAUCUUCCAGUGCUUCUUCGCCCGAGGCGCGCGUUUGUUGGUUACUACAACUCACUCUCCGCUGAGGAGCGGAAACGCAUAUCAUUGAUGUGUCUUGUUGGUAGAACGGUAGGGACGGUCUACGAUUGCUUUACAGUUCCCUGCACGCAUGAUGACGUGGUAGAGAUCAAUAUCAAAGGCCGUUUGGCUGUGUACGUUCCUAAUGAGCUUGAAGCAGAGCAAAUUACGCGACACUUUCGUAGCGCUACGACACGUCAACUGCAAGUCGGCGAGGAUACGCUAAAAUACUUCAACAAGACUCACAAGGAUAAAAUUGCAGGUGUUAUCCUUGAGUUGCGCGCGCUCGAAAAGCUUAUUGGAACCUAUUACGAGAGCACCGAUGGUGGUACGGGUAUGGUAUCCCUCGUCCAUUCCAUCGACAGCUGUAUUCACCACGAGCUCAUUCAUAACAAAACUAACACGGGAAGGUUAGCGAGUGCUAAUCCAAAUUGCCAAAACAUUCCCACAGAGGGUAAAUCGAAUCUUCGAGACAUGUUUAUUAGCCGUUAUGGCGCUAACGGGAUGUGCAUUGAGGCGGACUACUCGCAACUUGAGGUUGUUGCCUUGGCGGUUCUAGCCAAUGACCAGCAGAUGCUGGAGGAUUUGAGGCACAACGUUGAUUUCCAUUGUAAGCGUGUUACCAUGAUGCGGCCAGAUCUUAAAUAUACCGAUGUGCUGCUGAGAGCAAAAAAGAAUAAAGAGCCUGAGUUUGUGAAGCUACGGCAGCAGGCUAAAAUAUUUUCCUUUCAGCGUCAAUACGGUGCCGGUGUGAAGAUGAUCAGUCAGAGUACGGGUCUCACUCAGGACCAGGUGCGCAUGCUGAUUGAAAAGGAGGAUGAAACUUACCGAAAUGUAGAAGUCUUCAACCGCAUGGUGACCCUUUCUGUAAACCACUAUGAUGCUUCUUUACAGAACGGCGCCCGUAAUUUGAAGGGGCACCAAUUUUUUAAGGGCAUGUUCCCCGUGCUCACGGGCAGCCGAUACGUCUUCACCGAGUCCGACAUUCCAGAUUCUAUGCAGUGGCGCCGUCCUCAAACUAGAAAGUCGACUAACUUUUCCCCAACACAUCUGAAGAAUUAUCCAGUACAGGGGUUUGCGGGUGAGGUUGUGCAGAUUAUUUUAGGCAUCUUGUGGCGAAAGUUUCUUGAGCACGAAAACUAUAACGGUCUUGCGGUGCUUACCAACACCGUGCAUGACUGUGUGUGGGUGGAUUGCCAUCAGUCGGUGUAUCGGCAGGUCGCCAGUGAUGUGGAGGCGACGAUGAACAGUGUGCAGACCGUCCUUAACGCGAUGUUCCCGGAGAUGGAGGUGUCCGUCAACUUCCCGUGCGAUGUAAUGGCAGGCGAGCACAUGGGUGCGUUGCGUCCGAUUAUGGAAGAAACAACACUCUAG